AUGCCUGUCCUGGAGAAAAAGCCCCCCAAAAUGACUGAAAAGGAUGCUAGCAGCAAAGAGGAGGCUGUGCUAUCCAAACUCCCUGUGCCACCACUCCAGAAGACCUUGGCCAUGUACCUUCAGUGUAUGAAACACCUGGUGCCCGAGGAGCAGUACAAAAAGACCAAGGUGAUUGUGGAGCAGUUCGGUGCCCCAGGGGGCCUAGGGGAAGUCUUACAGCAGAAACUCCUGGAGAGAAGGGAGAAGACAACAAAUUGGGUCUUUGAGUACUGGCUGGAUGACAUGUAUCUCAACAAUCGUUUGGCUCUUCCAGUCAACUCCAGUCCAGCUAUGAUCUUUGCUCGACAAAAUUUCCAGGAUGUGAAUGAUCAGUUAAAGUUUACAGCCAACCUUAUCUCUGGAGUGCUUGACUAUAAAACCUUACUGGACAGCCAUUCCAUACCUGUUGACUAUGCCAGAGGACAGUUAUCUGGCCAGCCCCUCUGUAUGAAGCAAUACUAUGGGCUCUUCUCUUCCUACCGUCUUCCAGGACAUACCAAAGAUACUCUUGUGGCCCAGACAAGCAGUAUCAUGCCUGAACCAGAACACAUUAUUGUGGCUUGUAACAAUCAGUUCUUUGUCUUGGAUGUGGUCAUUAAUUUCCGUCGCCUCAGUGAGGGGGAUCUGUUCACUCAAUUACGAAAGAUAGUCAAAAUGGCUGACAAUGAGGAAGAAAGGUUACCACCGAUUGGUCUGCUGACGUCAGAUGGGAGAGCAGAAUGGGCUAAGGCCAGGACCAUCCUUGUGAAAGAUUCAACCAACCGUGACUCCCUGGACAUGAUUGAACGGUGUAUCUGCUUGGUGUGUUUGGAUGCACCAGGAGGUGUGGAACUCAAUGACACCAACAUGGCCCUUCAGCUUCUUCAUGGAGGGGGCCAUGGCAAAAAUGGGGCAAACCGCUGGUAUGACAAGUCCAUGCAGUUUGUGGUGGGUCGAGAUGGAGUCUGUGGCACGGUAUGUGAACAUUCCCCAUUUGAUGGAAUCGUCCUGGUACAGUGCACCGAACAUCUGCUCAGGCACAUGAAGGAGAGCUCAAAGAAGCUAGUUAGAGCUGAUUCUGUCAGUGAGCUUCCUGCUCCCAGAAGACUAAGAUGGAAAUGUUCCCCAGAAAUUCAAGGACACCUGGCAUCAUCAGCAGACAGACUUCAAAGGAUAGUGAAGAAUCUUGACUUCACUGUUCAUAAGUUUGAAAGCUAUGGGAAAGAAUUCAUUAAGAAACAAAGGACCAGCCCAGAUGCUUAUAUUCAAGUGGCACUCCAGUUGUCCUUUUAUAGAUGCCACCAGAGACUCGUCCCUACAUAUGAAAGUGCUUCCAUUCGCCGAUUUGAAGAGGGACGAGUUGACAACAUUAGGUCGGCAACUCCUGAAGCAUUGGCUUUUGUGAAAGCAAUGAUUGAUGAAAAAUCAUCUGUCCCGGACUCAGAGAAGAUGUUUCUUUUAAAAGAGGCCAUCAGGGCUCAGACAGAAUACACUGUUUUGGCCAUCACUGGUAUGGCAAUUGACAAUCACUUACUGGGGCUGAGGGAAAUAGCCCGAGGACUCUGCAAAGACCUGCCAGAGAUGUUCACAGAUGAAACGUACUUGACAAGCAAUCGAUUCGUCCUCUCAACCAGCCAGGUGCCAACAACAAUGGAGAUGUUUUGCUGCUAUGGUCCUGUAGUCCCAAACGGUUAUGGUACUUGCUAUAAUCCUCAGGCAGAGCACAUACUGUUCUGCAUCUCCAGCUUCCACGACUGCAAAGAGACUUCUUCUGUCAAGUUUGCUAAAGCCAUAGAGGAAAGCCUCACUGAAAUGAGAGCUCUAUGUAGCAAACACAAUACUGUGAUAGCAAAGCCACCAACCAAACAGGAAAAAGCCCCCAAAACCCAAGAGGCAAAGAAGCUCUAA